UUGAUGAGUUAAAUGAAGAUGGCUGUAUAGAAGACAUUUGCUUAUUUCAAAGAUGGCCAGCUCUCAUGCAGAGAGCAGGAAAUCCUCAAGUACACAGGAGUCAAAGAGAGUAGCAUCUGGAGGUCGCCAGUCAAUGGGAUCCACAAAAUCUGCAGGUCGACCAUCAAAACCCUCCGAUAAACUCAACCCAAAAACAAUUGAUCCUUUUUCAAAUUCAAACAAGAACCAGUCUGCUUUUGCUGCCAUUUAUUCCAAUGGAGGAAUUCCAUGCAGGUUGACACAUGGAUCAGUGAAACACACGUUGAGAUGGGACACACCUCCAGAGCAAGUCCAAUAUGAUCCUGUGCUGGUCACUUUAGCAGAGGGUUUAAAGGAAACUGUUCAUCCCUAUACAUUUGUUGCGAGAACAGGUUUUAAAGAGCUACUGGAGGUACCAGGAUGUUCAAACAGAGUUGUGCCGCUCUUGCCAAAAUUAGCUGUUGCAAUGCGAGGUGCUCUGGGACAUAGCGACCCAUCAGUUGUAACAGGGGGUCUAGACGCUGUUGCCCAGUUGAGUGAAGUUGUUGGACCAGCAUUAAAUCCUCAUAUAAAUAAACUGCUUGUUCCUGUAUCAAAACAUAUGACUGAUAAAAAGCACAAAGAAAAGGUUGUAGAUACAUUACAUAUACUGGAGAACAAUGGCGGCAGGGAAUGCCUGCCGAUGAUAAAGUCUAAAAUACCCACAUAUUCUUCAAUAUUUACCUGACAUCUCGUCCAGAUGAGGGAAACAGCAGUCCACUCCGUCCAUACAAGAACAUCGGAUUCAUUUUAUAUACUUACCGUAUAUACUUGAUAUACUAUAGAGAAUCUUGCACCAGUGUAUUAUCUGUCACACUCAAUACUUCUUAAGAAUCUUAGUAUACACACUUGCUUUCAGUCACUGAAGUUUAAUAUUUUUAUGCCUUCAGUGUCAAAGACCCGGAAGACAUAAAAUGUUUUAACUGUCUGUCAGUCCUGAAUGUCACGCUUUCUUAUAAUAUACACAAUUCCUACAGUUUUCAUCUCGGACAAAAAUAUUUUAGCAGAGAAUAUAAAGAAAUAGUUUUAGCACUUGUUUUCAAAAUAUUAAAUGUCAUUUUAGAUUAGGAAUUUUUUAUAUGGUCUUUCUAUCCCAUAAAUAAACAUAGUAGUAUAUAUUGCUGUGUUAAUGGGAGGUAACAUAAUUACAAAGUAUUAGAAUUACUAUUGGUUGACCAUAUCUAGGUAAGUAAGUUGUGAAGCAAGUUGUCAGUAUAAAUAUAAGAUUUUUUAUAUACUGUAUAAGUGGGUAUUUCUGCGGGUCGAAAAGUUAGCAAAUUUGGAAUUGCAGAUAAUAAGCAUGUAGAAAUAUUAGCAAAUUCCCAAUUUCCAAGCCAUGCAACAAUACACGUCAUAAGAAUCGUUAAUUUGUCUUGGAUAAUAACUGCAUGUCAUUAUCUUGAUGUUAUAUAUGUGGAUAUUAUUCAUGCGUUGUAGUACUUUAAUUGCACUGAUAUGUACAGAGAUAGAGGCAGAGUACAGAAAAAAAAAGAUUUUGUUCAAAUAGUCAAUGCUUAAUAUGCACUAAUUCUGCUAUGUAUAUAUAUAAUAUUAUCGUUUUUUUUAUACCAGUGUAAGAAUAAAUUUCUCCCAUUUGCUACCAGUGUUAUGGCACCUUUGUUAUUCUGGUCGGCUGAUACUUACACUGAAGGAAAUAUUAGCGAAUUUUUCAAUUCACAAAAUACAUUAUAUUUUUCCAUGUCGCAAACUUAACCACUUAUACAGUAAUUAAGUAAUCUACUGACUACAGUUUCCAGCCAAUUCAAAUGAACUAUGGUAUACAUUAUGUUGGAAAAAAUUAAAACACAGUCAAAAUAACAUCCUCGUCAUGCUCUUACGAAAAGUACAUUUAAUAUUUAGAUGAUAUGUAACCAUUCAUUAAAAAAAUCAGUCAAAACCUGUGGUUUUCACUUGUUUCCUGAAAACACAAGUUUUAUGCGUAUUUUUGAAAAAAUUUGAGUUUGGCAGUAAAAUGAUAAAAUUAUAUCUUUUAUAUCUUUUUGUUAUUUAAUAUAUUUAUUAAGUUGUUAACAACCUAUUGAUCUUAUUGCAGGCUUUAUUUAUAAAAGUACAUUCAGUAAUUUUUAAAAUAUUGGCAAAAUAGCAAAAUGCUGGUUAACUUUUUUGUUCAGCAUAGAUCUGUACCUUGUGUACUCAACUCCUUUUGAUGUAAAUUGGUAUCCAUGUAUAUAUAUUACUGGAAAUUUCAGGGCAGAUUUUUUUCUGUUUGCCCUUUUUUGACUGUAUUUUGUUCUUAUCAAGCUUUUUCAGGGGAUAUGUGUCAUACCAUAUUGAUAUCAUUCUUGUUUCAAUAUCGAGCAAGAAACAGUUUUUCUGUGUGGAUAUUAAAUUUUAAAUAUUGAAAUGUCUUUCACUUCUAUUGUAUUGUUGCCAUAUUUUUUAAUUUGCCUGAUAGAAUUUUUAGCUCACCAGGAUGAGCUAUUGUGAUUACCCUAUGUCAGUCGUCAUCCAUCAUCAGCAAUUUGACUGUUAACACUCUAGAGGUCAUAAUUUUAGUCCAAUGUUAAUGACACUUGGUCAGAAUAUUACCCUCAAUAAAAUCUCUUCCAAGUUCGUUACUGGUCAUCUGGGGCAAAAAAAACCAGAUCACUAGGUUAAUAUACCUCUACUUUAUGAAACUUCAUCAGAAUGUUUGUAUCAAUGAAAUCUAGGAUAAUUUCAAAACUAGGUUACCGGAGAUCAAAAUCUAGGACUAGAUGCCACAUUGUUCUUUCUCAGAAUGGUUAUCUCUGUGCAAUCUAGGUAAAGUUGAACACUUGAUUACCAGAGGUAAAAAACUAGGUUACUAGGUAAAAUCAUAGAAAAACCUUUAAAACACUCUAGAUGCCACAUUUUCUGAUUGAUAUUCUUUAAACUUUCUCAGAAUGUUUCGUCUCUAUGAAAUCUAAGUAAAAUACCAAACAGGAGUACCUGAGGUCAAAAACUAGAUCACUAAUUCAAAUCAUUGAAAAACGGAUAUGACAUUUUCUAAACUUUGUCAGAAUUUUUAUCUCUAUAAAAUCUAAAGUAAGUUCAAAACUGGGUUACACGAGGUCAGAAACUGGGUCACUGGGUCAGAUCAUGGAAAGACCUUGUUAACACUAGAGGCUGCAUUUCUACUUAUCAUCAUAAAUCUUUAUCAGAAUGUUUGUAUAAAAUCAAGGUCCAGGUCAAAAGUGGGGUACCUGAGGUCAAAAAGUAUGUCACUAGAUCAAAUCAUUGAAAAACAUUGUCAAAAUGUUUGUCCUAUGAAAUCUAGGCCAGAUUAGAUUGUAGUUUAUCUGGGGUAAGAACUAGGCCAAGUGAGCAAUACAGGGCCUUCAAGGCCCUCUUGUUUUAGUCAUUGCUUGUUUUGGAAACAAAUUAUUUAAUCUGAAUUUGUGAUUAGUGUAGUACAGAUGUACUAUUAGAAAUAGAAUUAUUAAAAGGGUGGGUUUGCCUACCUGUCUGCUGCUGUACGCCAUGAUUGUGAAUUAUUGAAUUGCUCUCCCCUGUGAAAAGCAAGGGGAUACAGUUUUGGCAUUGUCCUGCAGUCCGUGAUAAACUUAGAUAAUAGACCAGAGGGAUGCGCAGCCAUACCUAUACACCUAUUACAUAUUGACAACAGCUGUCCAUUUUUCCAGGAUAUCCCUAUGUUGCGAUUUUGAUUUCACAUAUUGUGGUUUUUCACAGCGAUCACACUUCGACCAUCAAAAUAACUAGGGAUGGGAACGAAUACUGAAAUCAAUAUUCUAAUAUUCAGUUUGCCAUAUUCGAAUAUUCGGUAUGAUUUAAUGGAAGCUUUAAAUUCUUAUUAAGUGAUUGGCAUAUUAUUUCGUUGUUUAAAACGUGAAUCAUCGUACAUAAUAAGGCCUAAAAAAUGUUUGUUUCUGGUAACCCGACCCUACCAAGUUAAACCAGCCACCCUAGCGUUUCAUUUCACGAUUCCGUCAGUAUAAUCAUAAACAUAUUUAACUAAUCCAGUGUUUUAGCUUAAAAAAAAACAUUCAAAUCGAUUCGCAACUUUAUCUGAAAAUAGCACGUCGUCCCAUUUAAGCACGUGUCGCGCUGUUAUAUUACCGCCGCCAUUUUGAAAAUUUUCAAUCGGCAUGUAAAAAGCCGAUAAACUUAACGAAGGCAGACUUAAACCUCCUUCAACAUGAUCUUAUGCAUUAAUCAUAUGUUUUUUCUUUAUUUUAUUAUAAAAUACUUCAAAAUUUAUUUCAAAAACGGCCGAUUUCAAUAAAUGAAUUGCCCGGGUGCUGUGGAUGAAAACAGAUUCUGCGGACGGUCUGAAAUGUCGUACAAAAUAUUGUAAAAAGAUCGCCAAUAUCUACAAGUUUGGUAUUGUUUUCGAAAAAAAUAAUAAUUUUUAAAUUUGUUACAUAAAACAGGCACCGAUAAAAAUGAACAAAAGAUAAAAAGGCAUCACAUUUACGCCUGUUGCAAACUGUUAAUCCAUAACGAUGACCCCUGCCAAUUAUGCAUUGCAAUUUUCUUGUUAAUUGGACAAUUUUUGACAUGCAUCACAUUUACGCCUGUUGCAAACUGUUAAUCCGUAAUGGUGGCCCCUGUCAAUUAUGCAUUGCAAUUUUCUUGUUAAUUGGACAUCUUUUGAUACGCGAUAAACAAACACGACAGAACAAACGGUUUUAUUCUGCAGAAUUAGCAUGCUUAUAUUGCACAAAAUCGAUACUUAUUUUGAAAAAAAAAACUAUAUAUGAAUUUACGAAUAUUUGAAUUUGAUUUUCAUAUUCGAAUAUUCGGCCGAUAUUCGAAUAUUCGUUCCCAUCCCUAGAAAUAAUACAUGCCAGAAUCUUUUCACGGGCGCAGCCAUUAAAUGUUUGGUAGGUUAUGUAUCAAGUAUGCCGAUAAGGUGUAGUAUAUAUCAGAAAUUUUAAUUGGUCAACCACGUCACGCAUGUAAGAUGUAGUUUAAAAAUAGAAUUAUAGGAAAUCAAUACUCAUCCAGCUGAAAUUUAGUUGCGCUUGUUUCGCAUAAUUCAGAUAUUUAAUAGAUAUUUCUGCAAUUUAUAACUUGGUAAGUUUGUUCAUACUACCUUUUUUGCAGACUCAUUUUUGGAACAGUCUUCUUUUUUUUUGAAUUGGUAGAACCAAACAAGAAAAAAUAUCGCUGGUUAUAGCCGCUGUAAUUGUUAUAAAAGAGGAAAUUUUUAUCUAAAGUCUGUUUCUAUUUUAUAUUCUUAUUUCUGAGACCAAGUCAGCACUGACAUUGGUUUCUUUGACUGAUUGGGACCAGACGUACAUUUUGCAGUCAUUUAAAAUUCAUUGUACUGCAUUUCUGUGUAACAUGCAUCUUCUUGUGUUAUUCCUGUUUUAUAUACGCAGGAUACCUUUUAUGCCAAACUGUUCUUGUAUAAAUACACUGAAAUUGUUCUCUGUUAUUUGUGAAUAAAUUUUAGCUAUAAGGAAUUAUUGAAAGAAACAAAUACGUUUUUGGGUUUGAAAAGCAGUACAUCAGGUUUGUCUAAAAAAAGUUAUAAGGAAAUUUACUGUCUGUAGAGUACUGGUUACAAGAUUAUUACACUCAAGUGUCUGAUAGAUGGAUUAUCAGGCUAAUCUUGAAAGUAACUAAUGGCAAGAACUGCAUUCUGAAACUAGUUUUAUAAUCUUAGACCCUGAUUGGGUAUGUUAAAACUUCUGCGUAUAUACAAGUGAAAUAGCUACUUCUCAAACAUAAACUGACAUUUUUACUGCAAUGGAGUAGAUGUUUUUUUCUUCUAAUUUAACCACCAGAUUUUCUUUGAUAUAUUGUAUGCUCUGUUAGUCAUUGCUUUUGUUGUUAUUGAUAUUCUUGUAUUUGAACAUUCAAGUUGAUUUUUACAUUCCUUUGUUACUGUAAUGUAAUACUUUACUACACAUUUAAAGUAUUUGGAAUUGUCAUAUAGCGUUGUGCCGUGAUAUUUAGUUGUUGGGUUUGUUGUUAUUGUUUAUUUUCUGUCUUUAUCACAAUAGUUAUCUAUGAUUGAUCUGCUGCAUACUGGAAUACUUUGCUGAAAUUCCAUGCAAAUUCCUGACCUUUGAAAGAAAGUUUUGGAGGAGAAAAAAAAAUCUAGAUUUAAAAACUUCAUAGCAAGAACAGAUUAAGAACACAGAAUUCUUUAGAAACUCUUUGAGUGAAAUACAUGCAUAGCAGCAGAAAAUGCAAUUUAAGUGGUAAUUUUGUGGGUUUUUAUGUCAUUUUUUUCACUAUGUGUGUUUAGAUCUUCCCUUUUACGAAGAAGCUGGCCGAGGUGAAUAUUUACUUGUGAAAAACUUAGUCUAAAAAAUUCUGAACAAUGUAGAUAGUUAUAUAAUCUGUGUAAGGACCCAGCUGUUUGAAACUUUUACUGGCUGUUAAACUAACAUGGGUUCAAUUUUGUUUCAGAAUAUAUUUGAAACACUGAUGUUUUGAUAUAACUGUAAGGACAUAUUAGUGGUCCAAAUCCUUAACUGAAAGAUUGAUUUUGCCAAGUCUUCUGAAGUGUUGAAAUAUAACCCUGAAAGUUAUUCCACUUUUUUGAACAACUGGGUUCUGAUCUAUAACGGUAUGAUAUCAGACAUGUUAUAUGAAAUAACUGUUCAGUCAGAUGUUUGUAGUUUUGAUCUCCUUCACUUUUUCAUAUUAUGUUUAUAAAUAAUAUAUCCUUCAGCAAAUCAGGUAAAGCUUAUGCCCUUCUUUUGAUUGAUAGAAUAGCUACAAACUUAAAUUCAGCUGCUGACAGAUCAGUAUAAAAUUGAUAUAAUUGCUAAGUUAUUAAAAACUAAGUAUAUCUUGCAUGCAGUAUUAAAGUAAAUCAUGAAAAUUGGAGUAUUUUCUUGACUUUUCUUGUUGAAGUUGUACAUUUUGCAAUAAACUAUGUAACAACA